AUGGCGACCGAGUUGACCGUCCAGUCGGAGCGUGCCUUCCAGAAGCAGCCGCACAUCUUCCUCAACUCCAAGACCAAGCCCAAGAGCAAGAAAGUCGGAAAGGGCCGGAGAUGGUACAAGGACGUUGGUCUGGGAUUCCGUACUCCCAAGACCGCCAUUGAGGGCAGCUACAUCGACAAGAAGUGCCCCUUCACCGGAUUGGUUUCGAUCCGUGGUCGUAUUCUGACCGGUACCGUCGUCUCUACCAAGAUGCACCGUACCAUCAUCGUCCGUCGUGAAUACCUUCACUACGUCCCCAAGUACGACCGUUACGAGAAGCGACACAAGAACAUUGCUGCGCACGUGUCCCCUGCCUUCCGUGUUGAGGAAGGUGACAUGGUCACCAUUGGCCAGUGCCGUCCCCUGAGCAAGACUGUUCGUUUCAACGUGCUCCGUGUCCUGCCUCGCACGGGCAAGUCCAAGAACGUCAAGGCUUUCAGCAAAUUCUAA